GUCGCGCACGCACGCGCAUGUCGCUCGCUGUCGAAUCCGGUGAUGUGAGGUGGCCCCCGCCGCUGCCGCAGCGCCGCGCGAUUGACGCGCUUUUUUCGCGAUCGAGUGUGCCAGUUGAAGGCUCCAGAGCCUUCGAGCCGGCAAGACGCCGUCCACCGUGGAUCUGAGGUACGGCGCCAUGGCGGCGACCACGUACAUGCCGGGGGAGCUGGACCUCGGCAGCAUAGGCGGGUACCACGCUGCCUCGCCGCGCAGCGCCGAGCCCGCCGACAUGAAGUACCAGCACCACCUGCACGCGGGCGGCUCGCCCUCGCCCGGCGCGCCCGUGCUCGGCAACCCCUGGGCCUCGCUGCCGCCCGCGGACCCCUGGGCCGUGCACCAGCACCACGCGCACGCGCACCAGCCCGACGUCAAGCCGCCCGCGCCGCCGCACGACCACCGCCACCUGCAGGGCCACGGCUGGCACGCGCCCGUCGUCUCCGCGCACUACGGCGCCGGCUCGCCCGUGGCGCUGCACGGCGGCUACCCGAUGCCGAUGCACCAGCACCAUAUGCUGCGGGACGUGCAGCCCUCGCCGCAUCCGCUGCACCAUCACCACGCGCUCGAGCGCGACCAGCCCGAGGAGGACACGCCCACGAGCGACGACCUGGAGGCCUUCGCCAAGCAGUUCAAGCAGCGCCGCAUCAAGCUCGGCUUCACGCAGGCCGACGUCGGCCUCGCGCUCGGCACGCUGUACGGCAACGUGUUCUCACAGACGACGAUAUGCCGCUUCGAGGCGCUGCAGCUCAGCUUCAAGAACAUGUGCAAACUCAAGCCGCUCCUCCAGAAGUGGCUCGAGGAGGCCGACUCGACGACGGGGAGCCCCACGAGCAUCGACAAGAUCGCGGCGCAGGGCCGCAAGAGGAAGAAGCGCACGUCCAUCGAGGUGUCGGUGAAGGGCGCGCUCGAGCAGCACUUCCACAAGCAGCCGAAGCCGUCGGCGCAGGAGAUAACGUCGCUAGCCGACAGCCUGCAGCUCGAGAAGGAGGUCGUGCGCGUGUGGUUCUGCAACAGGCGGCAGAAGGAGAAGCGCAUGACGCCGCCGAACACGCUAGGCGGCGAGAUGCUGGACGGCAUGCACGGCCACUACGGGCACGACGUGCACGGCUCGCCGCCCCUGCACGCGCACUCGCCCGCGCUAUCGCCGCCGCACUCCGGCCACUCCGGCCACUCCGGCCACGGGCAGCACGCGCCGCACGCCCCGCACGCGCAGCACGCGCAGCACCAGCUCCAGAGCGCCCACACGCUGGCGGCGCACUAACAGUUCGCCCCGUGGGCGCCACCGCGGCCCUACUACGCGGAGCCGCACUAGCGCCCGCGGGACUGUACAUAGCCGGCGCGGGCCGGCCCUCGCCCUCGCGCUGUACAUAGUUCGCGAAUGCCGAGUUUGAGUUGUUUGAGUUGACCGGCCCCGUGGGGCCGAGUGAGUGCCGCCGAGUCGCCGCCGCCGCCGCGCCGCCGCCGGCCGCUCGGUAAGUACCCCGGUGCGACCGGCGCCGGCCCCCGACGAUAUUGUGAGAGACGAUUUCAUCGAAUUUAUUUAUAGAUUGUACUAAAAUUAACGACGCCAAUGCGGACCUGCCGCCGUAGGGACUCGCGGUGUGUUCGAAGCCGUCGGAACUGUUAAUCGUGGCUGACGACGGCCGCAGUGUACGGACGAAUCGGGUCGAGGCUUCGUUUCGUUACAGAAAUAGGAUUGAGUCAAUAGGUGCAAUUUUUAUUUUAAGUGGUCGACGAAGCCUCGCGGCGCGGCGCGGUGGCCAACGUCGCCUCCGCGCGGCGCCGCUCGGCCCCGCUUCCGUAAUUUAUUAAAGUUAAGCAGACACGAUGCCAAAAUGGUUUUAUUCCUGUUUACUAAUGUUUUGUUGUUUUUUCUUUUAUGUGUAAUCGUGGCCAAGUCCGGUACUUAAUUUUGUUUAUAGAUAUUUUUUUAUAUAAUUGUAUCGUCGAUGUAGUAAGAUCUGUUCAAAAUUACAAGGAAUAGGAAGUGCGAAGUUGAGUGCGCCCCGGCCCCGCGUUUCGUUCUCAGAUGUGAACUCUCGUAGACAUGUUUUAGAAUCUUUUUAAUGGCAAGUGAGUGGAAGUGUGCUCCUGGCCGCUCUACCUAGAGCCGGGGCCGCGGGCGCCGCGCCGGCUCAAACCAAACUGUUGUAAAUGUAAUUAAUUCGUUAUUCUCAACGAAGUUGACAAGUCGAAAUGUAUAUAACUGUAUAGAGUAUAAUAGGUAAUAAAGACGGCAGCGGUAGUGAACGCCUCUAGUAGGUAAAUAAUGAAUAAUUAGACUUAAAAUGUUUUAUAUUAUUAUCUAAGUAUUUAAAUAAACCAGAGUAAAUAUUUUA